CCAGCGGGUCAUUUUAAAACGCCACUUCAACACGCUUUUCUCCAUUUCUCUCUUCAAUCCCCUCACCCAUCUUUCUCCGGCGACGAUCAGAUUUCGCUCACUCCUCUCGCCGGCUACUCCUUACUCCUUCCACUUCCGUCUACUUCUCUCUAAUUCUAAUCGUUCCCAACCUCGCACCACCAUGAAUCCCGAAUACGAUUAUUUGUUCAAGCUUUUGCUGAUUGGAGAUUCUGGUGUAGGCAAGUCAUGUCUUCUCCUCAGGUUUGCUGAUGAUUCAUACCUUGAUAGCUACAUCAGUACCAUUGGAGUGGACUUUAAAAUCCGCACUGUGGAGCAGGAUGGGAAGACUAUUAAACUUCAAAUUUGGGACACAGCGGGUCAGGAACGUUUCCGGACAAUCACUAGCAGCUACUAUCGUGGGGCUCAUGGCAUUAUUGUUGUGUAUGAUGUCACUGACCAAGAUAGCUUCAAUAAUGUUAAGCAGUGGCUGAAUGAAAUUGACCGUUAUGCAAGUGAAAAUGUUAACAAGCUUCUAGUUGGAAACAAGUGUGAUCUUACAGCAAAUAAAGUUGUGUCCUAUGAGACAGCAAAGGCAUUUGCGGACGAAAUUGGAAUUCCGUUCAUGGAAACUAGUGCCAAAAAUGCAACUAAUGUGGAGCAGGCUUUCAUGGCCAUGGCUGCUGAAAUUAAAAACAGAAUGGCAAGCCAACCAGUGAACAAUGCCAGGCCUCCAACCGUCCAAAUUCGAGGACAGCCAGUGAACCAGAAGGCAGGUUGCUGCUCGAAUUAGAGACGAAGUAUUUGUGAUUUUAGACGUUUAUAUGUGUCUCAGUGGCAUGUAAAACUAGCUUUUCACAUAUUGCUUUUAUAUGAAGAUUGUUCCUCAUGAUUUACUCCUUAUCGUUAAGUCGUUGUUAAAACUUCCAUUCUUUUCAGUGUAUUUGAUUUAAAAAACAUUUGUACAAAAUUAGGAAUAUUGGUGAAUAGCAGUAUUUGCCUUGUUCUUUCUUCCAUGCACAUUCACCUCAUUUCAAUGGCUUCUGCAUAGAUUGUUCUCACUUGUCUCUCUCUAGGGGAGUAGAAUCUUUUCUUCAUUUGCAUCCACUCUUGUAAGUCUACCAAUAAAAUAAUAGAAAACUGGAUUUUAUGAUAAAAAA